CUAUGCACACGGCCAAAACGUUGCCUGGGUUCAGAGGUCAAUAAACAAAAUCAGCUGUUAGGAAGCUAUGUCAUGUGAUUUAGACUAUUAACAUUUCGAAACAGUUAUUUACAGAGGCUUUCACCCACAGCCUUUUCAAUAUGACAAAUUGGGGUUUUAUUUGCGUUGUUGUCUUUCUCUCCUUCUACUCUGAGACGCAGGGGCUUACACACAGCCGUUUUCAGGUCAAGAAUCAUGGGUACAGCACUGACCCAAAACCCCAGUUUAAAGAGAAAUACUUUCCCCAAAUAAUCGACCACUUCAACUUCAACUUUAUGGGCAAUGGAACCUAUGAGCAACGGUACCUAAUCACAGAUGAGUACUGGAAGAGAGGCUCUGGACCAAUCUUCUUCUACACAGGAAACGAGGGAGACAUCUGGGAGUUUGCCCUGAACUCAGGAUUCAUCACAGAGCUGGCAGCACAGCAAAGAGCCCUGGUCAUAUUUGCUGAGCAUAGAUACUAUGGCAAAUCACUCCCAUUUGGCCAGGACUCGUUCAACAUCCCAGAGGUUGGGUUACUGACGGUAGAACAGGCCCUAGCAGACUAUGCUAUCAUGAUCACAGAACUGAAACAGCAGCUAGGAGCCUCCGCAUGUCCAGUCAUUGUCUUUGGUGGAAGUUAUGGAGGAAUGUUGUCAGUCUACAUGAGACUGAGGUACCCAAACAUUGUAGCAGGGGCGCUGGCUGCCAGCGCUCCCAUCCUGUCCACUGCAGGGAUGGGGGAAUCAAAACAGUUUUUCCAGGAUGUCACAUCCGAUUUUGAGAACUAUGCCCCAGAGUGUAGGGAUGCUGUAAGAGGGGCGUUCCAGAGGCUGCAAGACCUGGCUCAAAUGGAAGACUAUGGCCGUAUCCAGUCAGCGUUCUCCCUGUGCAAGACUCCAUCCUCGUAUAAGGACAUCCACCAGCUGAAUGGGCUCUUACGUAAUGCCUUCACCCUCAUGGCCAUGCUGGACUACCCCUACAGCACCCACUUCAUGGGUAGCAUGCCUGCCAACCCAGUCAAGGUGGCCUGUGACACCAUGUUGGGUGGAGCUGAUUUGCUGCAUGCCCUAAAAGACACUGCAGGAAUAGUGUACAACUCCACAGGAGAUCUGACCUGCUUUGACCUCUACACCCUGUAUGUGGAAUGUGCUGACCCAACUGGAUGUGGACUGGGCUUCAAUAGCCUGGCCUGGGACUACCAGGCCUGCACAGAGAUUGAGAUGUGCUAUGAGAGCAACAAUGUGAGUGACAUGUUCCCUCCUAUGCCCUUCACUGAGAAACACAGGGAACAAUACUGCUCCAAGCGCUGGGGGGUGAUCCCCCGACCUGGCUGGCUCAAAACCCAGUUUUGGGGUGAUGCCCUCUCCACGGCCAGCAACAUAAUUUUCUCCAAUGGAGAUCUGGACCCAUGGGCAAAUGGAGGGGUGAGAAAGUCCUUGAGCUCAUCACUGAUUGCAAUCAACAUCUCAGAGGGGGCUCACCAUUUGGACCUGAGAGAGGCCAAUGAUGCUGAUCCGGCAUCAGUUAUAAAGGCCCGUAAGAUGGAGUCAGACACCAUCGCCCAGUGGGUGAAAAUGGAGAAGGAGAGAUGAAAUGCCUUCAACAUGGAUUUUAAUCAUCGACAGUGACAGUUGUAAAAGGUUGUUCAAUAAAGUAUUUUAAUCUUGACAUUUAUACAAAUUUAAA